CUUCAUAUUCAGAAAUACUCUCCCUCCCCCCUCCAAGAUGUGAUGAACAUCACAAAAUCUCUCCUAAGGUUGGGCGCCCGUCCUCGCCUAAAUCUCGCAUUCCAACCGGUCAACUGCAUCUGCUCAUCCAAGAUGGCCUCUACUGAUGCCGCCACGCCCUGGCAUGCUGCCUACCCUCCUCCACUCAACAAGGCCCCUGCGGCCAUGACACGUCAGGCAGCAUUGGAGAUGAUGAAGGACAGCAAGAAUAUCGCUGGCAAGAAUUAUGUCCUCAUCGAUCUCCGCCGGACAGACCACGAGGGCGGCACCAUUCGCGGAUCCAUCAAUCUGCCGGCACAGAGCCUCUACCCGACCAUACCGACGCUGUACAGCCUGUUUAAAUCGGCGGGAGUCCAAAAAAUCAUCUGGUACUGCUCAUCCUCUCGCGGCCGGGGCUCGCGAGCAGCUGGAUGGUUCAAGGACCAUCUCGACGAGCAAGGCGACAGCGAUAUGGAGAGCGUGAUCCUAUUCGAAGGCAUUGCCGGCUGGGCCAAAGCCGGUGGCGAGUUCGUGGAGUGGAUGGAUGAGUACGACGCGACUGUUUGGGAUAGCAAGUAG